GAUCCAUUCAAUGUACAAGAACCCGUCACCCAACUCUCUCUGAUUCAUCUCUUUGUUUCAGUUCUCUGUUUUCUGUUUCAAAUUCAAUAAUUCAUCGGACCUAUGGGUGUAAGGACGCUGAUCGGCUCCCUCAAAGACAAGGCAGCUCUCAGCAGAGCCGCUCUCCUCUCCAAACCCAAUACCGUCGCCCUCCGCCUCGCCGUCCUGCGCGCCACCACCCACUGCCCCUCCUCCCCUCCCCGCCCCUCCCACCUCGCCGCCCUCCUCUCCUCCGGCCACUCCUCCCGGGCCACGGCCUCCGCCCUCAUCGCCGCCCUCAUGGACCGCCUCCACGCCACCUCCGACGCCUCCGUCGCCCUCAAGUGCCUCAUCACCGUCCACCACAUCAUCGCCCGCGGCUCCUUCAUCCUCCAGGACCAGCUGUCCAUUUUCCCCACCACCGGCGGCCGCAACUACCUCAAACUCUCCGCCUUCCGCGACGGCACCACCCCCGCCUCCUGGCACCUCUCCGCCUGGGUCCGCUGGUACGCCGCCUACCUCGAACGCCUCCUGUCGGCCUCCCGCGUUCUGGGUUUCUUCCUCUGCUCUUCUUCCUCCGCCGAAAACAUAGAAAUAGAGGAAGAAAGGGUCUCCGGUCUCACGAACGGAGUUCUUAUCAAGGAAAUUGACUCCGUCGUCGGCUUGCUUGAAGAAUUCCAGAAACUACCCGAUUCUCUGCACCUCAACGAGAACAAAUUAGUGGCGGAAGUCAAGGAGUUGGUGGGCCGGGACUUCUUGUCCGCCAUUAACGAGCUGGCGCCCCGAGUCGGCGAGGAGAGGGAGAGACUAAGUUGUCUGAGUUUCGGAGAAUCGGUGGAGCUGGUUUGCGCUCUGAAGAGAUUGGAAGAUUGCGAAGAGAGGCUGUCGGAAUUGUUUCUCAAGAAGAAGGGAUCGACGGAGGGGUUUUGGGUAAUGGCGAGAGAGAUGAAGGAUGCGGCGGGGAAGGUGAAGGCUUGCAGAGAAGAAGGGUGGUUGGGGAUGGGUGGGAGGAGAGAGAGCGAGUCGGCUCGGUUUGAGGACCGGGUUCUGAAGUGGGGCAACUCGGUCCGGUUCUCCUCUGCAAGAUUGGAUUUAAAUUAACAAGCUUUUCUUUUUUUUCAACUAUGGGUUAAGGUGAUGAUUUGAUUUUUGCUUCAUUGGAGAUUUACAUGUUCAAUUUAUUGUGAUAAUUUACUUACCUAGACAAUACCAACUCGUUUAAUUUUAAUUUUAAUUGUUAAACUUUAAUUUUUUUUUAUUUUUUAUUUUAAAUUUAAAGUCCACAAGGAAUGAUGAGAGUAUCUUGUUCCAAGCAUUGGGGUGCAUUGUAGAUGUUAUUUUGACUUUUAAAAAGAAUUGUCAACAAUGACUAAUAAAGUAUUUUUUUAUUUGUA